AUGUCUCCUCCGUCGGCGAUUGAGCCCCAAGCAGGCGACGAGACCAAGCCCAACACGGUUGCCCCAAACGAGCCUGGUCUGAACCAGAAAGAUGGAAAGGCGGAGAUGCUUAAAUUCCCCAAGCCGCCAAAGUUUGACGAUCCAUACAAAGAGCGAGCAUAUCUGAAGGGCCGGCUUGCGGCUGCCUUCCGCAUCUUUGGCAAAUAUGGCUUUGACGAAGGUGUGGCUGGUCACAUCACGUUGAGGGACCCUGUAGAUCCGACAACAUUUUGGGUCAACCCAUUCGGUGUUGCUUUCAGCUUGAUCAAGUCUUCCGAUCUCAUCCUUGUCAAUGACAAAGGCGAAGUCAUCGAUGGUGGAGAGUGCCGACUGCUGAACACAGCAGCUUAUAUGAUACACCAUGCUGUCCAUGACGCGCGCCCCGAUGUCAUCGCUGCAGCACACUCGCACUCCAUCUACGGCCGCACGUUCUGCGCGCUAGGUCGCAAACUGGACACCAUCACGCAAGACUCAUGCGCGUUCCACAACGACCACGUUAUUUACGAGUCGUUUAACGGCGUCGUACUAGCCGCGGAGGAGGGCAAGAACAUUGCAAAGUGCCUGGGCGACAAGAAGGCGGCGUUACUCCAGAACCAUGGCCUGUUGACCGUGGGCAAGAGUGUGGAGGAGGCGGUGUUCUGGUUCAUAAGCAUGGAGAAGUGCUGUCAAGCACAGCUGAUGGCGGACGCGGCGGCGGCGGGACGAGGCGGGGAGACUGUGAAGAUUACGGAGGAGGACGCGGUCUACACACACAAGACGAUCGGGAGUACGCUGGCUGGGUGGUUUAGUGCGAAGCCGUUGUUCGACGUGAUACACAAGGAGACAAACGGAGAUUAUCUCGAACAUGGCGCGCGUCUCGAUGCGGCCGACAAAGCAUGGCAUCUCUCCUCACCGACGCCCUACGACCCGCCUCUCACUUAUGGUGGGUGGUCGCAAGCAAAGGCACUCGGCCAGCGUAUAGCGGCACUGCUGCACGAACGAGAUAUCCAGCAGGCAGAGGAGGCGAAGAACGCGACCAGCAACGACCCUGCACAUCUCGACCUGAGCAAGCUGAGCAUCUCGAAAGAGGGGGGACCCAAGAAGAAGAAGCGCAAGAUCGUCAUACACUCGAGCCCCUUCCUACGAUGCGUCCAGACGAGCACGGCAGUAGCAGCGGGUAUCUCGCAAUACCAUGCUCCGACCACGCCACAAUUGGGCGUGCCUACACCCCCCUCCAAAGACAACAAUGGCUCGCUGGCUCCCUCUGCGAAGAAGGCGCCGCGCACUAAAUCUACCUCGUCGCAGCCCCGAACCUUCGAACCGCUCGCCGACCCCAAUCUCGAGAUACUACCGCGACCCCACACAGGCCCGGAGAGGGUGUUGCUGCGCAUCGAUGCCUUCCUGGGCGAAUGGCUGUCUCCCGAAUACUACGCUGACAUCACAGCGCCGCCAAACUCGACCAUGAUGGUGGCAGGCGCCAAAGCAGAUCUACUGCGCAGAGGCGACUACAUACAAGAACAGCCAAACCCGAACAGCACCAAGGGCAACUUUCCGGGCGGUUGGGGGUCUGGGACCAGCACACCCACCGCUGGCAAGAGCGCUGGUACAGCCAUGGGCAGUCUGGCACAGUUUGCGCCACUGCGCGAGCGCUCAAGCAGUUACGCUGGCCCACUAGGUCUCGAACGAACGCCGUCAAGAGAAGCAACCGCGCCACUAGCACUGCCCAUACAAACGCCAAAGCCCACCGCUGUACCCAAACGCGUUUACCAGCCGCCAAACCCUUCGUACUCCGUCUCUCCGGCCGAUCCGAUACCGCGAGGCUACGUCGCGCAUGCCCAAGAAGCCUGCGUCAAAGUAGACUUCCAAUGGGACAGUAUGCGUCCACCACAAAACUGGGGCGAUGGCGGAGAGUACGGCGAUGAAUGGAGCACAAUGCACAAGCGGUUUAGGAGAGGCCUUGCGGGCAUGAUGGAGUGGUAUAGAGUCCACGGCACAGCACCCCCGAAGGAUCAAUUUCCCGGCUUCAUGUUCAAGGAACCCUUGCGCCUGACACCGCCACCCAUAUCGCAUGCGAAAUCCGACCCCUUCCCAAACUUCAGCGACGAUUCGACCGCGGAUGAUGAGGAAGAGCUGGUUCUGAUUCUCAUAACUCAUGGAGCAGGGUGCAAUGCUCUGCUAGGUGCCAUGACAAACCAGCCCGUCUUGAUGGACAUUGGUCUAGCAUCGCUUUCCAUGGCCGUUCGGAGAGACGAGCCUAAAAAGACACCUGCGCCGGCCACAAUACAUCAGCGCAGACUUUCGGUAGCGGAUCCCGGCAUGUCAGAUACCUACGACAUGAAGCUCUCAGCUUCAGUCGACCAUCUGCGGCCUGGUGUCGAUCCUUCGAAGCCGCUAUCUGCGCAGAGGCAGACACAAUCUCCAGCCAUCCUAGCAAGCCCGUCGUUAGACUCGCGGCGAAGAUUCACGGGAUCUUCGACGACUAGCAGUCCACUUGACUCGCCCUUCUCGCUUGGUGAGCCGUACAGAAACAGUCUGAGCUCGUUGGGAAGCAUGCGGCGAACUUUGAGCUCUGGAUCGAAUUCAAGGUUCAUGCAAAGUGCGACAAGCGGGACCGCGUCUCCAGCAGGCGGAUUAUGGGGAGGUUCAGGGACAAGCACACCGGCGACCGAAGCGGACAUGACCCUCAACUUCUCAAACCAGCAUCCACAAUCAAAGGCUGCUCCUAAGACUUCCACUGCAUCCAAAUCCAAGAGCAACUCGAUUGCACAGAUGGACGGUGCAUCAGACACAAGCAACCACCUGACGAAAUUGGACUCUAAAGAAGAGAGGGAGGUCAGCGAUAAACCCACUCCUCUAGUCAGUGCCCAAGUCCGCAAACAGAGCGCCCCGACAACAUCUGGCGGUCUUUGGGGCGCGAAAGUAGCCCCCAAGAGCAAUACUGGGCUUUGGGGACCACCAAAGUUGGAUGACGUGUAUGAACACCGUCAAGGGCCUAAGAGGCGCUGGACGGUCACCGAGAGGGAGGAGCCCUGA